AUGGAACAAAGUCAGCCUAUCAUAGAUUUGCUAAAAGCCGUUGAUAAAUUGGUGAUUCCUGUUUCAUCGAUUGAUAAGAUACAAGCCACGUCUGGUGCAAAGGGUGACCAACAAGGCCCAACACAAGAUGUACCGUAUGCUAGAAAUCAAAAUUUACAUAUGGAGGAUAUCGUUGUCGUAUUUCAAGAUGACAACGAAGCUUCUAAAGCGGAAAGACAGACUCAACAUGCAAAGCAUAAGCAACAGAAUGCACUUCCGGCAUGGCAUAUUCGUAGCACUGUAACAGGUGAAGUUAUGGCUACUAAUGCUGUAAAUGCGGGCUCCGCUCAAGAAAAUGAACAAAACGAAGAAAGUGGUAGGACAAACGAGAAUGAUAGUGAACUUGAAAGCUUCUACGCAGAGUAUUACGCAAAUCUUAAUAAUUCUGAGACAGAGUCGCCAUUAAAAGUAGAAGAUGAGGACGAAUUUGAAGAGGCAGAAGAUUACAAUGAUGACCAGGACUUUGAAGAGAUCACUAUAGACAAUCAAGAGUACGAUGAAUUUGUUGAAUUGGAUGUUAGCGAGAGAGAAAUCAAACGAUCACGAACCGACUCUCUUGAUGAGAAUAACGGUCAAUAUAUUAGCAGAAACGGUCGUUACUG